CCUGUGUGGUGGACUUCAUGGGACUACGUCAAGACGCAGGGCACGCAUCAGGAGGCGGGGUCCCGGAGCUGGAGAAGGAUCCGCGCGGAGCCUCCCGGGCGCUGCGUGGGGCGGGGGGGGCAGGGAGCCUCCGCGCCCCGCGAACCAUGUUCCGCUACCAGUCCCUUGAGGACUGCCCUCUGGAUGAGGAUGAAGAAGGCUUUCAUAACUUGGCUGAGGAAGAUGAAGAUAUCGACCAGUUUAAUGAUGACACAUUUGGAGCUGGUGCAAUUGAUGAUGACUGGCAAGAAGCUCAUGAAAGGUUGGCAGAGCUGGAAGAGAAGCCUGCACCAGGAGGAGAGCAAGUGGAUACAGGAGUUGCCGAUGAGAUGGACCUGCUGGGGGACCACGAAGAGAACCUGGCAGAGAGGCUCAGCAAGAUGGUGAUUGAUAAUGAGUUGGAAGAUCCAGCCAUCAUGCAGGCUGUGCAAACUCGGCCUCCUGUCCAGCAACAAAGUGGGCUCAAUUCGAGCAUCUGGGAUGGGCCUUCAGUUCUCAGGCGCAUUAGAGGACCGCUUCUUAAUCAGGAGGUCCCCUCUGUGUCAGUGCUGGAAUAUGCCCUACCACAAAGACCUCCGCAGGCCCGAGAAGAGGAGCAGGACCUUUCAGAGCGGGCACUGCCCAGGCGGUCAUCCUCGCCAGUUAUUGGCAGCCCUCCUGUUCGUGCUGUUCCUAUUGGAACGCCACCUAAGCAGCCCACCAUGCCCAACUUUAACCAGCAGAUCCUAUGUCCAAAGCCUGUUCACAUUAGAGUCCCCAUUCAGCAGCGUUACCCAAGCCCCUUCAGUGAGAGAAUGUCUCCAAACCAGCUCUGCAAUAUGACGAACUCCUCCCUCCUGGGCCACCCAUUCCCUCCCAAUGUUACUCCUGUUCUCACCCACCUUCAACGAGCACAGCUGCUAGGAGGAGCACAGGCAGGGAGACUGUCUCCCAGCCAGUUUGCACGUGUCUCUGGACUUGUCAGCAACCCCCUUGCGUCCAUGAACCCCAAACUACUCCAGGGCCGAGUUGGGCAGAUGAUGCCUCCAGCUAGCGGAUUUCGUGCCUACUUUGGGGCACCGCCUGUCCCUUCAUCGCAACACCACUCCCCAUGUCCUGGAGCCCACCUGCAGAAUUUAAGGCCUCAACCGCAGAUGUUCCGGCCGGAUACGACCCACCUUCACCCACAGCACCGGCGACUUUUGCACCAGAGGCAGCAGCAGAACAGGAAUCAGCACCGGAGCCUAAAUGGGUCAGCAGGGGACAGAGGGAGCCACCAGAAUAGCCACCAGGAGCAGAUCAGGAAGGACCCUUAUGCCAAUCUCAUGCUGCAGCGGGAAAAGGACUGGGUGUCCAAGAUCCAGAUGAUGCAACUGCAAAGCACUGAUCCAUACCUGGAUGACUUCUACUAUCAGAACUAUUUUCAGAAGCUGGAAAAAUUAUCUGCAGCUGAGGAAAUGCAUGGUGAUGGUCCCAAAAAAGAGCGCACCAAACUAAUCACCCCACAAGUUGCCAAGUUAGAGCAUGCCUACAAGCCAGUGCAGUUCGAAGGCUCACUGGGGAAGCUCACAGUCUCCAGUGUGAAUAACCCCCGCAAGAUGAUUGAUGCUGUUGUGACAUUACGAGGGGAAGAAGAUGAGACAAAGGAGAAGCAGGUUCGAGAUAAAAGACGUCAGACUCUCUUCACUAUUGAGAAGACAUACAGCCUCCUCCUGGAUGUAGAAGACUAUGAGAGGCGCUACCUUUUGAGCCUGGAGGGUGACAGGCUGGCUUUGAUGGAGGAGAGGAAGCAGAAGAUCUGUGACAUGUAUGACAACCUGAAGGGGAAAAUGCCCAACCAGGAAAGGCUGUGUGAUGAUGCUUUUGUGCAGAUCAUGUGUAUUCGGAAAGGAAAACGUCUGGUUGCCCGGAUCCUACCUUUCUUGUCCACUGAGCAAGCCGCUGAUAUACUUAUGGCCACAGCCAGGAACUUGCCGUUCCUAAUUAAGAAGGAUGCUCAGGAUGAGGUGCUACCCUGCCUAUUGAGGCCCUUCUCCCUUGUUCUCUAUCAUCUUCCGCUGGGAACUGUCGCCAGCAUCCUGCAGCAGCUAAUGAACCUACCUCAGAGCACGACGACGACAGCAUCGACCAACCUGCACCUCACAAAUGUGCUCCAGAACAAGUUUGGCCUCUCUUUGCUUUACUUGGUCUUGAGCCGUGGGGAGGAACUGCAGAGUUCAGAUUCUACUACAGAGCUCAUGCAAGACAACCAGUGGACGGAACUGAUGUUCAUGGCAACCAGAGAGCUUCUCCGGAUCCCUCAGGCAGCCUUGGCCAAGCCAGUGUCCACCCCCUCUAAUCUCCUGUCUCUCUUCUCUCGCUAUGUUGAUCAGCAGAAGCUAAAUGUGCUAGAGACAAAGUUGCAGUUGAUUCAAGGAAUACGAUAGAAGGCCUCAAACUGCUGCCACGCUGGUCUCCAUCAUUGCUGCCACCUCCAGAGUAUUUUAGUGGGUGAAGAGGAGGCAGUGCCUUCUCAGAAUAAAUCCUUGUGGGAUUGUGUGUCUGGUCCAGCACAGAAGAUUGCUCUCUUGCUCUGAGCUUGGCUGGGGAUGUGCUUACCUUCUCCGCCCCUCAUUGCUAGUUUGCAGUUCUGCAUGUCCUUGCUGCAUUGAAUCACCCCAAGCCCCCCUUCCCUUUUCCCUCAGCACUUUCACAAUGGCUUUCCCUCCCUUCACAGACCCCUUUCUCCUCAGCGCACUACUGAUGGACUAGCAAGGAAAGUAGUUCCGCUUUCCUGUCUCCUGUCACUAAGAACACCGGCCUGGGUAGGAGGAAGAGAAUAGUCCACAUAUAUUGUGGAAAUGGAGAGACCUGUUGGUGUCUAGUUUAUGUUGGGAAUGUUUUUAAAUGAUGGGAAGUCCCUCUGAUUGGCCCACUGGUGACUCUGUCUCCCCACUUCUUCCAGUGCCAGAUGCCUCAAUAUGGCAUCGCCCAGUCCUGCAAACUGAUCCGCCUUUUCUGAACCUUGUGAUGAAGCAAUGUCAUCUUUGCACAUUUGUCUAGUCUUCCUGAGACUCACUUUCUACCUGAGCUUUUUGUCUCUGACCUACACCUUGCUUCAAGCUCCAGCUGGCCAAGAUCCCUUGUAGACUAACCAAUAAGGUACCAGGAAUGAAUUUUCCUGGAACAGAUUAAUCUUAGUGAGUUUCAAUGUCAUACACUGCUAGGUCCUGCUGUUUUCUUGCUCCUUUUUUUUUUUUUUUUUGAAUGUGGUGAGGUUUUUUUUUUAAUUCUUUCUUUGCUUUUAAAAACAAUUUGCACAUGUAGGUAUUCUACAACCAGUAAAUGCCUGUUACUAACUGGCUGCCUCUCCACAGUAUUCUCCUUACACCUCCCUUAAUUCCAGAUUUCUAACUUACUUUCUUACACCUUCCUUUUUCCUACAGCCUUUCAACCUUUCUUAAUCCUUUUCCUCUACUCUUUACUCCUCUCCGUAAACACGAUCAAGUGGUCCAUUAUUAUUAUUAUUAUUAUUAUUAUUAUUGUGCUUUUACUUUUUGGUUUGGUUAUGAUUAAUGAAAUUUCUAAAUUUACAUUUUUAUAGGGUAUUGUAAAUAAAAAAAAAUUCUAUACUUGU